AUGACAGCGACUCCGAGGACCCCCAACAGACCGAACCAGUUUGGGGCACGAAUCGAGCCCAACAGACCGGACCAGUUCCACCUACAGCGACGACUCAUUGGACAUCCGAAAUACUUCCCACAGCAGACGAUCAAGGGAGACCCCCAAUUCGCUUCCGACUCCACAAAACAACGCCGCUUUGACAGCUCCCAUCUGACAGUUUGCCACUUUGACAGCUCGUGUUUCACAGCUUGCCGCUUUGACAGCUUGCCGCCUUGA